UUUUUAUAUUUCAAGUGGCGUUAGUUUAAUAAAAAGAGAGGAGGCUUGUGAAACAAUGUGCGUAGUUGACAACUGCAGUUAACAGUACUGGGCCCUGACAAUCUUGUAGUCCAUAUUAAUCCGGUUUGUACUUAAGAGGAUAAAACUGUAUAAGAACUGUUAUAUUUUUUGGUAAAAUUGCAGAUGCUGAAAUGUUCCUUGAUACAGAUUUACAUACACAUACAAACACAUACAUCUGUGUGAAGGAACAUUUCAUAUCUUUCUCUUAGAGGAAGAGUUUUUUCCUAUAGAUUUCCACAAAACUUCUUAUUAAAGAAUAGUCAGUUAAAUGGUGGACUUUAAUGGGGAAAAUCGGCUCAACAAACGGAAUGAGUUCUUCAGCCCUGAUGAUUAACCCCUUGAUGAUUAACUACAACUCCUCCAGUGACUCUAGAGAAAACACGUAAGGUUUGCCUAUGAAUAAUUUAAAUAACCCUCCUCCUAACUGGAACAUUCAGCCUAAUGCAAGAAAUAAUGAAGAUCAUGGAAGCAAAUGGAAUUAUGCUUUGUUGGUUCCAAUGCUGGGAUUGGCUGCCUUCCGUUGGAUUUGGUCCAGAGAAUGUAAGAAAGAAAUAGAAAAAGAGAAAAGAGAUGUCUAUAGAAAAUUGUCUUUUGUACAGAAAGAGCUUGAAUCUAAAUAUCGCGAUAUAAUUAUAGAAAACCGCAGAAUGGUUGCCCACUUAGAAUUAGAAUUGGAGAAAGAAAGGAACAGAACCCUAAGUUAUCGCAACGCACUUAUCUCUCAGAGUUACAAAUUGGUAGAAGAAAGAAGAACUUUGGAACAAGAGCGUACAAAGGUGGAACAAGAGAAGCGGAUUCUGCAGGAUUCUGGUGCUGCAGGUGCUUUGUAUAAGAACUGUUUGGAGAAGGAAGAUCAGUGGCAAACAAAAGCCACUAUUUUACUAAAAGAGUUUGAAGAAGCUUUAAUGGAAAGGCAGGAUAUGUAUUGCAGCCUUGUACUGCCAAGAUAUCAUCGGUUGGCAAUGGAGAAAAAAAUGCUAGCCAAAGCAACAACUGAUCCAAUUGGUUUGGAACUGGAAUUGGAAGCUGGGCUGAAAGAUAUUUUCAGAUAUGAUACCACUUGCAGCAAUUUAUUAAAUACCAAUAAAAAUCAAAAUGGAAAGCUCAUGUGGAUCUAUCUUCGAUAUUGGGAGUUAUCUGUUGAAGUCAGAAAAUUUAAGAAAGCAGAGAAAGUAUUUUUGGGAAACACUGGCUAAAGCUAGGCCAUCCCUAGCUUGUAUUAUAUCAAUGUAGUCUUCUCCAGAUCUGUUAAACUAACUCACAGAAUCCUCAUGCUGGUUUGUGAUAUCCAUAUAACUUUGUGAGGUAUAUAUCAGUAUCUUUAGUUACUGUCAUAAGUACAUUCAUCAUCUAAUAAUACCAGUCUUCUUUUGAUUAAUCUAAAUCUGUAUUGGAUGUUACCAUAGUAAUGUAUGGCAACUAAAUAUCUGUGGUUUUUGUAUUAGCAGUGCUACUGUGUUCAAUAGGAUUUAUUUAAAAAUGGUAUUUCCACAUUUCUACAGUCCUUUCUAUGCUGUCAUGCUUUUCAUUCCUAAGACCCUCAAACAUAGGUAGUCCUUGACAUACGACUAUAAUGGAGCUUGCCCAUUAAAAUCAUGUUGUAAUGGUUGUAAAAUUUUAUGACUAUUUUGCAGCAGUUGUCAAGAAAAUCUCUGCAGUCAUUAAGGGAACUAAUGGUUCUCUAUGGGUGCAAUUUUGCCAAAAAUAGAGGUGCCAGUUUUUGGCAAAACUGUUGUAAAAUGUGACUGCAAAUGGCUAUAAAUAUGGCCAUGUUGCCAAGUGCUCAAAGUUCAGUCGUGACUACAGAGAGGGCCCAACCAUGGAAACUUUGAAUCCAGGUUAUAAGCCCUCUCUUUUUUUAAAAUUGUAACUGAAUGAUAGCUAAGUGACCAAUCAUAAGUUGAGGACUAUCUGUACAGUAGAUACAAUACAAUCCUAUAUAUUGAUCACCCUGACACAUGGUUAUCCUUACAAAUUGCCAACUUAAAUGUAGAGAUCAUCACAUCAGACAAUAAGCGCACUAUCUCAAUGAUGAAAACUAUAUCCAGUCAGAUUAAUGUUUAAAAUAUGUUAUUUCAUUGAUCUUUACAAAGAAAAGUAAUUAAAUGCAAAGAAUAAGAAUGGGAUUCUGUUUAUGUUUGGCAGUUGUUAAAUACAUUUGCCAAUACAUCCAGUAAAAAGAAUAAGGUAUUUACUGCCUGAAUAGAUGAACUUUUGAUGAACGCAUAUUCCGGUAGAAGUUCCCUGAGGAUGGGAUGUAGCACAAAUCUGAAAGCUAGGAAAACUAAACCUCCUGUCCCAGUGACCAACCCAGAUUGGAUCCUGAAACAUUAUUCUUAGACAUGUAUAUUUGCCUUCAUUUGUGAUGAACUUUUCAAUAGAUUUUUUGGGGGGGAGGGGGGAUCAAUUUUACUGUUUAGCUUCUUGCAUAAAAUUUGUUGAUAUGUUCACCAAGUUCAACUUAAGAGUCUUUUUACCUUCACCAUAUUAAAUGAACUUGUCUGAUACAUAAGAUACUAGUAAUUUUAGUAAACUAUGCAAUAGUUAAAUUGAAGGGGAAAAAAAUCAAACCAAGGAAAUAAUCAUGUACCUUUCAGCCCUAUAAAUGUCACAUCUACCAUCCUCAGCUUUUUGUUUCACUGGCAUCCUACCAUAAAAUGAAAGUAAGGGGAAGGAAUUUGGGACAUAGGAAGGGAAAGACAAAUGAAGGUGGGAAGACAAGCUGACAAGAACCAGAGAUGGCAAAAUGGAAUAAAUCAGCUGCCAAAGACAGAUGGCCUGGGAACAGAAUGAAAAACUACAUCGAGAAGCACCAACAUCAAAGUGGUUCCCAAAAAUUCAAAAAGGAAUAAUAUUGGACACUGUUGAACUGGUUGGGGGGGGGAGCAAGGAAAGGGGAAAAAGUGUAACCUUUGCGCGGGAAUACCAGAUCUAGCUUUACUUUCACUACAACCGCUUGACUUUAGUAAAAGAACCUAUCACUUCAAUCAAA